AUGGCGGGUCGGGUGUCACAUGGGGAGGCACAGGAGAUGUUUGCGCUGCGGGUGGCGGCAGCGUAUGGGCGUGCGGCACCAAAUUUGGCGCGCAACGUGUUGUGCAAUGUGCUGGAGCUGCCGACGGUGGGAGCUGGUGCCGGGAACUCGCUGAGUGAGAAGGCUGCGCACAGCCAGCGGGGAGGCCAGGCCCGAGGUUGGCAGCGGCAAACUUGUCUAAGCUGCGGGGCCAUGGCCUGCGUCAACCCAACCCUCAGUAUUGUGCGCGUGCGACGCAACAAGCGGGGCCAGCCGCACCUCACAUGCCGCGUUUGCGGUGCCCUGUGGCAUUCCUACGACCGUCACACCAUGCAGGGCCUUCGUCGCACCAACGCCGCCAACGCCGCCAAGGCGCUGCAGGCUGCCGCGUCCCACCCUUCGACAACAAGGACCGUAGCCCCCUCCAAAACGACCCCCUCAGCUCAAGCUGGCUCAUCAGUGACCGCCCCCGGUAAAAAGGACAAGCCAGGCAAAGCCAACAAAGCACGCAAACAACGCGCCAAGCUCAACAAGGCCCUCCAGCAAGCCGCAGGCCAAAGCAAAGGCGGCGGUGCCCUUCAUGAUUUUCUGGCCAACUUGAGUUGA